GUCCAGUCCGUCUGCCGUCUGGAUAACCUCCUAAUCUCCCUUCCCCGGUGUCCACCCCUUAGACUUUCCCGGAAAGUGAGAUUCAACUGCUGUCGGUUUUCCCGUGAAUCGCCUGCCACACACCCAACCCCCCCCCUUUGACUCGGCCACAUCGAAAACCCUCUCCGUCCUAUAAAUCUUACCUGUAACAGAGCUUAGCGAGCUCACAAAAUACCCAUUAUGGCUAACGACGAGUAUGAUUUCCUCUUCAAAGUUGUCCUCAUUGGAGACUCCGGUGUUGGAAAGUCCAACCUCUUGAGUCGAUUUACCCGCAACGAGUUCAACCUGGACUCCAAGUCCACCAUCGGUGUUGAAUUCGCGACCCGCUCCAUCCAGGUCGAUUCGAAGACGAUCAAGGCGCAGAUUUGGGAUACUGCUGGUCAGGAACGUUACCGUGCCAUUACGUCCGCUUACUACCGUGGUGCCGUUGGUGCCUUGCUCGUCUACGAUAUCAGCAAGCACCAAACCUACGACAAUGUCAACCGGUGGCUGAAGGAACUUCGCGACCAUGCCGACUCUAACAUCGUGAUCAUGCUGGUCGGUAACAAGAGCGAUUUGAGACACCUGCGCGCCGUGCCCACGGAAGAGGCCAAGCAAUUUGCCAGCGAGAACAACCUAUCUUUCAUUGAGACGUCCGCUCUCGACGCAAGCAACGUCGAGCUUGCUUUCCAGAAUAUCCUGACAGAAAUCUACCGCAUUGUCUCCAGCAAGGCUCUGGAGGGCGGUGACGCGGGCCAGACCGUCCUGGGCGACCGUCGCGACAUGGUGAGGAUUGAGCAGUCGGAUACCUCCGAGACCAAGCAGGGAUGCUGUUAAAGAAACCAUGAUAUCGGGGAAUGUGUGACAUGCCAACCGAAACGAUUUUAUUUUGUGAUGUGAUAAUUGAACGGUCUUGAGCUCUCUUUCUGUCUGUUACUUAGCCUCCUGGAGAUGAUACACAAGAGGAACGUCGUUAGGAAUGGCAUUUGGGGUUAUGGACAUGGUAUGGCGGUGUUUGCUGGACAUCACAAUACUCCCGACACCUUGUUUCUGGCACCUUUUUACGUCUUCGACUUAUUUUUUUAUUUGUUUCUGGUUCGAACCUCAUGCUUUUCUUUCUAUACUCUAAAGAUGACGAAAUUGAAUAUUCUUGUGAA